GUUCUUUGAUAUCUCAAGUAAUUUUGCGACCGUGUUGCAGUGAAAACGACCAGAGAUGCGUCUCGCCUGCCGGACGGAGCCAUCUCACUCUACGACCUCUUGACCCGGCAUCGCUGCCGUCGACAUGUGCACCAGGCGCAUGCCGAUCGAAUAAGCUCGACACCCUCGGGCCGCCCGGCGCGGUGACCUGUGAGGUGACCCUGUGAGGUGACCUUUGAGGUGACCUGUGCGGUGACCCGUGAGGCGACCUGCUCGCUCACCCCGGGGCGCGAGGCGCGAGCUCCGACUGACCCCGCAGCGCAGCGUCCCCCUGCCCCCGGCCCCGCCGAAUCACUGCAGUUGAACCCAGUGUGGAGCUUUCAUUGGAACAUCUAGUGAAAAAUAUAAUCAGUGCACCUCCGGCCACCACCGUGAAAUAACGCGCUAGCGUGUGUCUUCCAGUGAAGUGGCCACAGUGAAAUAAUAUUGUUCAGUGCAUCGUCCAGUGGAACCCCUCGUGGCGAGGCGAUAGUGACUGUGCGGCGGUGGCAUUUGGGCAUGAGCGUCGUCCAGGCGGCGCUGCUCAACAUGGAGGUCCCCCCGGGCCCCGGGCUGCUCCAGCGCUCGCACACGGUGGGCCCCGGCGAGCUCAAGAGGAGCACCAGCAACAGCAGCUUCCAGCGCACGCCCAGCUACCACCAGCAUCAGGCCCGGUCUCGACGGGGCGCCAGCGGCAGCGGAGGGGGUGGAGCCAAACCCACCCUCGAGAUCUACAGGCCCCCAAGCGUUCGCGAUGGGUCUCACAUGAAUGGCGAAGGGAGCUCCAUCAGCAACAGGCUCAACGUGCACGCCAAGGAGUUCACCAUGGAGAGCCUUAAGAUGUCCAAGUCCAGCAACAACAUUCUGACAUUAAACAACAACAACAAUUCUUUCAACAACAAUAACAACGGUUCGUCCAAACCCUCCAAGGCAGCCCUGCUGCAGCAGUCCAAGUCGAGCGGCAACAUCAUGCACGCCCUGCAGCACCAGCGGCACCACCCGCACCAGCUGCAGCAGUCGGCGUCCAUCGGCAACGCGCUGCAACAGUCCCACCGCGUUCACUUCCGCUUCGACGUGGACGCCAACGCGGACGCCGCGGGCGCCAGGGGGGCGCCGCCCGCCUUUCCCUUGGACAGCUACGCCAGCUACGGCUCCGGCGGAGGCUCCGGCGGAGGCCGGUCGAGGCACCGGGAUGUGAGGGACCACGCUCCAGUAGAGGACCAACACGCGGGGAAACCCCUCCGCUCCAAGACCCAGGCUGCCAUCGCAACGUCCUCCUCGUCCGGUGGAGCAGGGAUCAAGCGCUCCAAGAGUAUGGGCUCGGCUGACGCGUUGGGCGGCCAGACCAAAGACCUCCCGGACUUCGCCAACUUCCCUCCCGAGGUGCAGGCCGCCAUUCACCGGGCUGUCGAAGACCCUAAUCAAGUGUCUGCGAGGACGUUGAUGCAGUUGGUGAAGCACAUAAUGGAUAGAGUGGUAGAAAGCCGAAGCUUUGCAGAACCAGCUGCAAAACUAUGCAUCACAAUUAUUGAAAAGGAGAAAAAUGAAACAUUUCUUGAGUCCCUCCUUAAUACAUGUCAACUAUGGUAUCAAAACAGAGAAAAGUACCUCAAGGCCUCUAGCCCUUCUGCAGGAUCUAGUGGAUCACCUAGUAUGCGCUAUCCAGCUUUCAUGGCCUUCUUGAAUGAAAUGUAUUGUCAGUUGAAACGACGUCAGCUUCAACUGAAAACCCAAUACGAUGGAGUUGCACCUGGAUUACUUCUGCUGACCCUUCUAGCUAAGUGUUGUCAGGAAUGUCUCAAACCCCCAUCUGUGAACAGUUUGAAAGAGAUGGAGUGCUUGUUUUUUGUCUUAUCAUCAAUCGGAAAAGACUUAGAAACUGAGCUUCCAGCUCGAAUGAAUGCUGUUUUAGCGGGAGUACGUGAUGCCUUUUUAACAUCAGCCGCAAUACCUGCAAUACGAAAGACACUUCUUCAACUUAUAGAACUUCAUGCUGCUCAGUGGCAACUACCUGCUCCAGCAAUUAUGUAUUAUUAUCCAGCUACUAAUAAGUAAUAAGUAAUUACCUGGGUUAGCUCAUUGCAUCUUUUCUUUAUUUGAGGAGAGGGUCUCAGACCAUAAAGGGUUUACAGUCAUUGAGUUAGGAGAAGUGUAUUGCUGAGCAUGGUGAACAUGCUCAUGCUGUGCAGAGUAAUUCCUCCCAUCCCCAUCAUUUAGAUAUUCUCUCCUGCCCCUUGAUGGCCACUUUGAGUCAAGGGUUUUAUAGCGGAAGGGUGAUCUACAAAUUCUUAGAACUGAGAAGAGCUCUGUAAGAAAAUGGGAAAACAGAUUAGAAGCUGAAAAUGCAUGAAUCUAACAUCCCAGCAAACUAUUGGUUUGCAAUUUAAUAACUUUCAUCAACAGUUACAAUUAUAUUAUGAAGGUACCAAUAAUACAAUCAAAAACAAAAUAAUUAAAAAAAAAAACUUUGAUGAGAUGAUAAAAAAUACUCACAUAUACUUUUCUUGUGGCGAUACAUUGUUUUUUUGUUGUUGUUUUUUUUAAGUUACUAUUAUUGGCCCACAACUAAAACUAGAAGAGUGAGUAAAUUUUUGAUAAUUGAGAGAAGACUAGUCAAGCAAUUGAAAGUAAAGAGAUGAUAAUAUUAAUUGAAAUACUGUUGGCUGUGCAUUCUGCUUGACACAUAAAUGUAAAAAGGUACCUGGUGUCAAUCAAACUAAAAGUAGAUGGUUGUAGCAUGCUAUAAGGGAACUGCCCUCUUGUUGCAUUCUUACUAUUCUUAGGUAAAAUUUGAGUCUAGAUCUUACUUUCAUAUUUCCAAGAGCACAAUUUUCUUUCACACUGUUAUUUAUGUUUUUACUAAGUUAUUAACCAGUGAAAAAAAAGAUUGGACAACUGUAGAGUAUGAUAUUCUGUACAUUAAGGUGCACUGUGAACACUAGGAAACAUUUUUGGGCAAAAACACGAGAAUGUUUUCAAACACAGGACCUAUUUUCCCACAGAAAGUUAAGUGCUGUACUCCUUAGAGAGUUCGUUGAAGUUGUCUGUUAAUGUGGUGUCAGCACUGCAAUUUUAAUCAUUCUGAGUUUGGUUGAUGUGUUACUACACAGUAGCAUAUUUUAUCCAUUUACUAACCCUCCGAGACUGCUAGUUUGCCAUAUGUACGUUUUAUAUUGUAUUGUGAUUUACUUCACUGAUGCUCUUGCUGUUGGUUCUUUUCUACUUUUGUAAGAAGUUGGUAUUAUUUUUGAGAAAUGGAUUGUACAGAAUAUUUUUUUGUAGAAAAUAUUACUCAGAACUAUUAAUUGCAAAAUUGAUCCCUUUUAAAAUUGUUUAAUUUUCCCCAUUACUUCAGGAACUUCUAAUAGGGUUAGACGUAGGCUUCUUUUCUUUAGUCACUAUAGAUAAUCAAUUGAAAGGGACCUAGAAAGUUCAUCCCCAUAACUUCUGUACUCCCUGCAACAGCAGAUAAGAACAUGUUAGGUAAGAAGAACAUGAAAUUGAGGCUUAUACCAAGUGUAAAUAAUUACAUGUAAGUCGUUUAUUUUUCCAACUGCCAAAGGACAGAACACUUCUUACCAUGUAGAUAUACAUCAAAUAAUAUUUUUGCAUUAUCUUGUUGAGUGUUUGCAAUAUAUUUGUACGGCCUUCAAGAAUAAAAGGAACAGUUGAGUGUCA